AUGGAGUUCAAGUGUUUUCAGAUUAUUUUAGUUCUAUUGAUAUUUAAGUAUCGCGAUGGGUCAGAUUUUGCUAUCACUGAUCAACAGCAUACUAUAUCGCAAACCCCUAAUGGCGGAAAAGUGAAAAGAUGUAAAUCUCGUGUAUUGUAUUAUGCUAGCCAUUGUGCCACGCAACAACUUGUAAUGAGUGGCGAUGUUGAAAGCAAUCCUGGUCCCGCACUCCAACGCGGAUUGAAAGCUCCAUCUUGUUCAAUCUGUGAGAAAUGUGUUAAAUGCAAUCAAAGACGAUUCAUUUGUGAUACAUGCUGGGAAACCACUCACGCUGCUUGUUUGAACCAAUCAAAUUUAGUACUCAAUGGUAGAAUUCCGAAAUAUUGGACCUGUUCAGAUUGCCAUUUUACUGUGCUUCCCUUUUCGAAUGUACGUGAUGUUUGCGCAUUGUACUCAUCUAUUCUGAGUGAUGGUGGUGAAUACGAGGAAUUAAUAACCAUACCAAGCAAUCCAAAACAUACGAAAAUUUGCCAUCUAAAUACGCAAUCCUUACCGAGCACAUUUGACGAGUUCUCAUACAUGCUCGAAUGUCAUAAAUUUGACAUAAUCACGUUGUCCGAGACAUGGUUAAAAAAUAAUCAGGUAUUGAUUGAUUAUGUAAACAUUCCAGGAUACCAAUUUGAAUAUAAAAACAGAACUGAUAAACGAGGAGGUGGUGUUGGAAUGUACAUCAAGGACGAACUUAUUUACAAAACUAGAGACGACAUAACCAAACUCGACAAUUCUAUCGAACAUGUCUGGAUCGAAGUGAAAGGUAGAAAUAAAAAUUACUCAUAUCUAGUUGGAACAUUUUAUCAGCCAUCUUCUAUAGAAAGAGAAAAAAAAGAUUGGCUAGAACGAUUUGAUAUUCUUUUGCGUCACAUCACCGCAAAAUGGGACGGUAUUAUCAUAAUUACAGGUGACUUCAAUAUCGACUUAUUACAAGGUGAUAAAUCCACAAUCGAAUUAUAUCAAGAUACACUUAUGACUUAUGACCUAAAACAACAUAUUACAAAACCAACCCGAAAAUCGACAUCCCUUAUUGAUCAUGUUAUUAGUAAUAUACCGGAAAAGGUAGUUAGUGAGAACGUUUUAUUGUGCGAUGAAAUUUCUGACCAUGAUGCCCCGCAUGUCGUUAUGAAUAUCAAAAAGGAUAAAUUCGAAAAACGAUACAAAUUUAUACGUGACGAGAAGCAGUUGAACAUCGAUGAAUAUAUUAGUGAUAUCGAGAAGAUUCCUUUUUCCUUGAUAGAUACUUUUGAUGAUCCGGAAGAUCAACUGUAUGUUAUGAAUGAACUCAUACUGUCCUGCAUUAAUAGCCAUGCUCCUUUGAAAAGGUGUAAAUUUACACGACCACCAGCUCCCUGGAUGAAGGACCCAUCCAUUGUAUCGUCGAAACUGAAACUUGAUGAACUUCGUAGUGAAUUAAAAUCUUGUGAUGACAGAGAGGCUAAACAUGAGUAUGUUGAAACGAGAAAUAAAUUGAAGAAGGCUAUCAAACACUCUAGAAGAACCUUCUAUCAAAAGGCUUUAUCAAGUAACCGUUCAAAGGAAGUAUGGAAAACCAUAAGAACUAUUAUUAAACCACAGUUCAAACAAAUCAGGCAGAAUCCCGAUACCAUCAAUGAUUAUUUCAAUUCCAUUGCAAUAAAGUUAAGCAAUACAAAUGAGUUAAACAUUUCUCCCACCAUGAAUGAUGAGGCUGUACCGGCGAUGGAUUUAUUUGACCUUCGUCACGCUACCCAAGAGGAUGUUCUCAAACAUUUGAAUUCAUUGAGAAGUGAUUGCUCUACUGGUGGUGAUAACAUACCAGCGAAAUUCAUAAAACCAGUCGCAGCCCAAUUGUCGCCAGUCCUAACAAAGAUUUUGAAUAACUGCAUCAAUGCAAACGUAUUUCCAACAUGCUGGAAGAAAUCACGUAUCUGUCCGGUACCUAAAGUUCCAGGUGCUUCACAACUAGAAGAUUUUCGUCCAAUAUCAAUACUUCCUGUACUGUCGAAAGUAUAUGAGAAAGUCAUUUUAUCACAGCUUUGUGACUUCAUUGAUAGAUAUAACAUUUACGCUUCAACUCAAUCUGGUUUUCGCAAAGGUCACUCGUGCAUCACGAUACUCUUAAAAUUAAAGGACGACAUUUUGAAGGCUAUGCAAAGAGGUGAAGUAACUUUAUCAUUGUCAGCAGAUUACUCUAAAGCAUUAGAUACUGUGAAAUAUGACGUUCUGAUUAAUAAGUUGAAGAAACUCCAAAUGUCUCCUGCAUUUGGAGGAUCUAUUCUUGGUCCGAUCUUGUUCAACAUCUAUGUCUCUGACCUAUCGUUGAAUUCGUCGUGUAAUUCUAUCCAGUACGCAGAUGACACAAAUCUUUACAUACACUUCAAACUAAAAGAAAUGGAUAUCGCAACAGCAAAGCUUCAAAGUGACAUUAACCAAAUAACAACAUGGUCAAAGAUAAACAAUCUGAUGUUUAAUUCCAAAAAGACAAAAUCAAUUAUGUACUCGACAAGCCAGUUAAGCUGUAUAAACAAUUUAAACUUCAGUAACUUAUUCAAAUUCGAUAGUAAUGGUGCUGAGAUUGAGCGGGUAUCCUCUCUCAAAAUACUGGGCAUAACAUUCGAUGAACAAAUGACGUGGUCUACACAUGUGAAUAACAUCAUUAGAUCAUCAUACGCUACGAUUUCGACAUUAAAGCGAUUGAAACGUUUGGCACCUUUUCACGUGAGAAAGAAUCUCGCUGAAGCACUGAUAUUAUCAAAGAUAGACUACGGAAAUCUUGUCUAUAAUAAUAUUCCACAAUAUCAAAUGAAAAGGUUACAAAGAGUUCUAAAUGUCGCUGCCAGCUUUGUUCUUCAGAGAUAUGCUUCCACUAACGAUGUGUUAGUAAUACUGAAAUGGCUGCCAGUGCAAGAGCGUGUAAAUUUAUCGAUACUAAAACUGGCACACAAGGUGUUGUAUGACGAAUGCUCACCUGAAUACCUUACACUGAGAUGGUACAAAAAUGGUCGAAGCCUGCGAUCUGAUGCAGAAAACAAAAAUAAACUACAAAGCGACACAUUCCGAAAAACGUUUAUGGAUUGCUCAUCAGCGUUGUUUAAUGAUCUUCCUGGCAAUAUUCGUUCCGUUGUCAACCAUAAAGAAUUUAUCAAAAAAGUCAAAUUAUUUUUACACGAUAGUGCUUUGUGCAAACUUUUAUCCAAAUAA